AACCCCGCUUCCGGGGAGGGCGGGCCGCUGCGGCGGCCUAAGUCCGGCUGGGGCAGGAGAGUGCGCAGCCAUCCUGCAGGGCUGCGCCCGGGGCCGGGAUUGUGCGCUCGCUGGCCGGAAGGCCGGCCGCGGAGCCGGCAGCGCGGGGCCACGCCCCCUCGCCACCGGCAGCGCUGGGUUCGUAGAAACCCACCAACUGCUCGCGGAUCCCCGGUCGUUGGGAGAGGGCUUCGCUGUUUUCCCAGUACAAAAGGCUGGUCCUCUGUGGCUAACAGGCUGGAAGAGGUCUUUCAAGCCCAGAAGAGCCGGAGCGUCUUAGAACUUAGGUGGGGAGACAGCGGUCUGUGACCUUCCGCCCUCCUCCUCCUUUGGCCUCAUGGCAGCACCGCCGCUGGGCCGUCUGGUGCUGACCCACCUGCUGGUGGCCCUCUUCGGCAUGGGGUCUUGGGCUGCAGUGAAUGGCAUCUGGGUGGAACUGCCCGUGGUGGUGAAAGACCUCCCUGAGAGUUGGAGCCUCCCGGCGUACCUCUCUGUGCUUGUGGCACUGGGGAACCUGGGUCUGCUGGUGGUGACCCUGUGGAGGCGGCUGGCCCCGGGCAAAGGGGAGCGGGUCCCCAUCCAGGUGGUGCAGGGGCUGGGCAUAGUAGGCACAGCCCUGCUGGCCCCUCUGUGGCACCACGUGGCCCCAGUGGCAGGGCAGCCCCACUCUGUGGCCUUUCUAACGUUGGCAUUUGUGCUGGCGCUAGCCUGCUGUGCUUCUAAUGUCACUUUCCUGCCCUUCCUCAGCCACCUUCCACCUCCCUUCUUACGGUCUUUCUUCCUGGGUCAAGGCCUCAGUGCCCUGCUGCCCUGUACGCUGGCCCUCAUUCAAGGUGUGGGCCGCCUUGAGUGCCUGCCUGCUCCUGCCAAUGGCACCUCUGGUCCCAGCUACUUCCCUGAGCGUUUUCGUGCCAGCACCUUCUUCUGGGCACUGACUGCCCUCCUGGUCACUUCAGCUGCGGCCUUCCAGGGUCUCCUGCUGUUGCUGCCAUCACCACCAUCUGUACCCACAGGCAGUCCAGGGCAGGGCCUGCGAGUGGGAGAACCAGGAGUAGAGGAAGAUGAAGAGGAAGAAGCUUCACCAUUGCAGGAGCCACCCAACCAGGCAGCAGGCACCACUGUCAGCCCAGACCCUAAGGCCCAUCAGCUGUUCUCAGCCCGUGGUGCCUGCUUGCUGGGCCUGCUGGCCAUCACCAAUGCACUGACCAAUGGUGUGCUCCCUGCUGUGCAGAGCUUUUCCUGCUUACCCUAUGGGCGCCUGACUUACCACCUGGCAGUGGUGCUGGGCAGCUCUGCCAACCCCCUUGCCUGCUUCUUGGCCAUGGGCAUCCUGUGCAGGUCUCUGACAGGACUUGGUGGCCUCUUUCUGCUGGGGAUGCUCUUUGGGGCCUACUUGAUAACAUUGGCAGUCCUGAGCCCCUGCCCUCCCCUAGUGGGCACCUCUACAGGCGUGGUCCUUGUGGUGCUGUCAUGGGUGCUGUGCAUGGGCCUCUUCUCAUAUGUCAAGGUGGCAAUCAGCUCCGUGCUACAUGGUGGUGGCCAGCCCGCAUUGCUAGCGGCUGGCGUAACUAUCCAGGUGGGCUCCCUGCUUGGUGCUGUUGCUAUGUUCCCUCCUACUAGUAUCUACCACGUAUUCCACAGUGGACAGGAUUGUGUGGACUCGUGUGGCCGCUGAACCUGAGCAGGUGGGAACUCACACCACCCUACUACUCUCCACCUGGAACUCCGACAAGUCCCUGAGUACCUGCGGGCAGCCCACGGAGGCUGCUCACGCUGACCCACUCAGGACACUGGCACACUCCACAGGAGACUCUGGCACUUGAGGGGAUACCAGACAUCAGGAACAGGUUGAGGCCUGGGGUCUUUGUGUAAUUUGGAGAAUAAAGUGUUUUUAUUAA